AUGGAGUUCAAUCAGCCCAUCAUACCGGGUAUGCUGUCCCUGGGCAUCACAACUCUCAAGUUUGUACCGCUCUCAAAGUUCGACAAACCAUUGCAGCCACAUUGUUUGCCAGCAUCAAUCACCUAUCUGGCAUUCGGCGCGUCAUUCAAACAGCCGUUACAAUCAGAUGACCUGCCCUCGAGCCUCACAACACUUGAGUUUGCAGGCAAUCGACCAGUCAAGCCUAACACAAUCUAUGCAGUUAUGCCCACGUGCUAUCCUGAUGGCUUGAGAACGAUGAUCUUUGGUGAAUACUUCACUCUGAUAAUUAAUCCUGGUGAUCUGCCCAGUAGCCUCACGACCCUGUCGUUUGAAACAUAUAUAUGGCAAUAUGAUGGAUUCAUUCCCUCUGGUGUCACCUCACUCAAGAUUGGUUCUCCGUUCUCGGGUAGCCUGAAUACUCUACCCUCAGGUCUCACAUCACUCACACUUGGUGGUAUGAGUGAUCAUCAGCUUGAACACUUGCCUGCCGGGAUAAAGUAUCUAGAUCUUGGUGGUAGCUUUCAUGGUCCAAUAUCGCCUGGCACACUUCCCACUGGUCUAACAACACUCAUCCUAGGCGAUCGAUUCAGUGAUCCACUUGUUAUUGGAACAAUCCCAUCAUCAGUGACCUCGUUAGAGUUUGGUUUGCCAUUCAGAUCACCAAUACCACAUGGCGCCCUGCCAUCUGGUCUACUCCAUUUGACCCUACCCCUUGACGAAGUACCGCUGAAGCAGUUCAAAUCAAUCUUUCCAACCUCACUACUUCCACUCCAUGAUACUUUGCUCAACUCAUUGACAUUCAAGAUGAUGUCAUUCACUUUCUCAAUCCUCUUUGAUGGUUAUGGUGAUGGUGAUCAUGGUACAUGUAUUAGAUUGGAACAAGUUUAUCAAGUAAUCAAUGUGAUUCAACAUUGGGAGAACAUGGUACACUUGUCAGAGAUUGCAACAUAUCCUGUGAACAAAAACACAAGCAUCAAGCUCAAUUGUAGACAAUUGGACGACGAUCACAUCCUAGCUCUCAAUAGUUUCAAUCGCUUCAUCAUCAUUCCAAUCAACUGUCGUCAUCAUAAAACCAGACAUGUUUAA